GUAGGCUAGGUUAUCUAGGUGCCUAGCCAAAAUUUAAGGUCGAAAAUGGUUGUUUAUUAAUAAACUAAAUGCAGCUAAUGAAUAAUUUUACUGUCAAAUUUAAACUACAAUAAAUAGUUAAUGGUUCAAUACGUCUAUUACUGAUGCUAUUACAAGAUACUAUUAUUUGAUUUAUUUGAUUAUAUUUGUUGAAAAUUUUGAAAUUAUGUCCUGAAGUUUAAUUCAUUACUCUUGAUUGUAUCUUGUGAACAUCUUCCAAAGCUGGUAGGCACGUAGUGGUGUUACAAUGUGUUAAAUAGUAAUAUUAUUGAAACAUUAACACAUGGAAAUGCGUUAAAAGAUUUAAUGCAGUAAAAGCAAGAGGUUAAUUUCUAUUUUUUGAUUGAAAAAUUGUUGUUGGUUUGAAGUUAAAAAAUCUUAAAAAGGAAAAGAUAUUUCGAAAGCAUAGAGGUUUUUCAACUUUAAGUUUGAAGGAGAAACGGAUAACAAACUCAUCCCAUCCAACCCAUGAUUGCGGUAGACUGUAGGUGUUGGAGAAGCUAAUUUUAGGUCAUGUUUACUUUCACAUUUGGUGUCUUGUAUUGUAACGUGAGUUCAGCUGCAUAGGAUCUUCUGAAUUUUUCAAGGUCCAAUCAUUAAAUUUAACUUGGUUUUUUCUAACAAAUUUGAUAAGGGAAGUUGCUUGAUUACUAAUUAAAUUAUAACUAGUCUCAUUUUUUAGAAUGACACCAUAAAUUAAUUCUUAUAUAUUAUCUACCCAUACUAGGUUCAAUUCGCAAUGCUCUAUCUUAUAGAGGUCGUAUACUUACCAUCUUUAAUUCAAGCAACUAAUUAGAUUGUUUAAUUUAAAAUUCAUAUCAUUUUUUACGACUUUGCUUAAUGCUACAUCAUCUUCUGCACCACUUUAACAAACUUCACUAAUAUUUCACUCCGAACCAACGAUUCUAAUUUUUAUAUUUAUUUUCACAUUAUCUUCUAACAUUUGCUUUUUUCCGAAUAGUAUGGCAAUGGAUAAUUAGGGCAUGCUAAUACAAUGGUACAAUAAAUUUUGAUAUAUUUAAAGGUUUUGCUGCCUUAGGAUUUCAAGAGUGAUGGAUUUCAAGUUGUAGAAUAGGGUUUACAUUCUGCAUUAGGUAAUCGAGAUCGUAUAAUGUGAAUAUCAGGAGCCUUGGAUAUCCGUGGCAGCAUUAGGCAAUCGAGAUCCUAUACUUUCUGUUUAGUAUGUGAGCCUUUGGAACCCCCUUGCCAAAUCACCCUUGAAAGAAUACCCCUGAUAGCGAGAGUAACUGUCUUGGUUGAAAUGUGAUCUAGGUGAAGCUUUUAACCUUUUACUUACAUGGACAUGAACCUCUGUCAAGCCGUAUAAAUGAGCAUCUAACACCAUUGCAAUCAACUACAUCUAGACCACAUGAUGCCCAUGGACGAUCUUCAAAGAGCCUAUCAGUUAGCUUAAAAAUCUAGAAUUUUUUGUUUGUUCAGGUGGUGAAAGGAUCAUAUGGUUUAUGUGAGAUAUGAAUAGAAGAGUUACAUGCGUAUGAGUCUAAUAGGAUUAGUGGAUGCUCUUCUCUCUCUCUCUCUCUCUCUCUCACACACACACACACACACACACACACACAUCUGCUACAAAUUCUCUGCUUUCAGUUUUUCAAUCCUACUUUCUUUCAAAUGCUUUCAGGGGUGAAUGUACAUAUGGCCACCAAAGAUGGUGAGCGUGCUAAGUCAGAUAACAAUGAUAUGAAUUCGGAAUCUCUUGGCGAAUCAGAAAGUCUCUCUGAUAUUGAUGAUCAAGAGGUUGAUGGGUACUUUCUCAAUGAGGAGGAAAAGAAUAUGAAGAAGAUCUUAUGGGAAGAUAUGAAUCGAGAAUAUCUUGAGAAAGAAGCAGCCAAGCAAGCUGAGGCAAAUUUCCAAAACUGUUCUGAGGAUUUCCUUGCAGCGAGAGAACUUGUUCAAUCUGUUGGUGCAACUGUGGCCAAAUCCAGAAAGGAAAAGAGACAGAAACAACUUCAAGAGGAAAAAAGCAUGGGUCCUGCUCAAUCUCCUCCAGAUGCCUCAAGCCGAAUGUUGAAAAGAAAGAGGCUCGAAAGCAAAGUCAAUUUUGAUCUCUUGGAAAAAUUAUUCGGAACUGUAAUUCUCUCCUUCAACUGUUUUUGCUUUUCAACGUAUGUGCAGACAUAGUUCCACAAAGAUGAGAGAUGAGAUACACAUAUUUACUUGAUGAUAAUUCAGAGAAUCCCAAGAAAGUACAAUAGGAGCUACCCUCUGAAAAUCAUGAUAAUUUUGAGCCAGAGUUAGGGGACAAAAUCAGAUGAUGAACUAGGAUCAGAGGGCGAAUUUGAGGACGGUGAUAUGGAUAGAGAAUAUGAAUCUACUUUGUAUCAAGAAAAUGCAGACGAGACAUAUGACUGUGAAUAUGGUGGCUAUAGUUAUGAUUACUCUUCAAAGGUUGUUUUUACUUGUAACAUGCUUGGAUCUUUUUUUCGUCAUAAUCAAUUCUAAUACGUUAUCGCUAUUCACAUAAA